UUUGAAGAUUGGUUUGUUUGGGGCCUUUUCCUUGGGAUCGGGGCUUUCGAUUGACGAGAUAGCCGGAGAGGCGUCUCCAGUAAGGGAGCCGGCGAUUGGUGGAAGAGCAGGAUUAGGGAUCAAGCAUGGCGUGCAAGGGGUUCUGGGAAUGUCUGUUGAAACUUUUCAAUUUUGUUUUGACGGUCACCGGCUUGGCGAUGGUGGGAUAUGGGGUUUACUUGCUGGUGCAGUGGAAUAAAAUCGCUUCUGGUGGCAGCAGCGAUGAUCCAGCUCCUCCGACGAGCAACGAUCUGGAAGUUUUGAAGCUUGGGCGACCUAUGCUUGUCGCCUUGUUCUCUUCGUCCAGUUUUCUUGACAAUUUACCGAAAGCUUGGUUUAUUUAUUUGUUUAUAGGUGUUGGGGCUAUCAUGCUUAUUAUAUCAUGCUUUGGCUGUAUAGGAGCAGUUUCAAGGAAUGGUUGCUGCUUGUCUUGUUAUGCUUUCUUAGUAUUUUUGUUGAUUGUAGCUGAGUUGGCUGCUGCAGCUUUCAUAUUCUUCGACCAUAGCUGGAAGGAUCUUAUUCCUGAUGAUAAAACUGGGAACUUUGACAUUAUAUAUGAUUUUCUGGAUGAUAAUUGGAAAAUAGCUAGGUGGGUUGCUCUUGGAGCUGUCAUAUUAGAGGGCUUGGCAUUUUUGUUAGCUCUUAUAGUGAGAGCUGCAAACAGACCUGUGGAGUACGAUAGUGACGAUGAAUAUAUUGCUGCAAGAUCUUCAGUCCGACAGCCGUUAGUGAAUCGGCAAGGAGCUUCAGCAACCGGAGCACCUGUGCUUGGCAAUCUCGACCAUCGUCCUAGCAGAAAUGAUGCUUGGAGCCAAAGAAUGAGAGAAAAAUACGGUCUUGAUACCUCUGAGUUCACAUACAAUCCCUCAGAUCCAACCAGAUACCAGCAAGCUACUGCAUCCCAGACGGAAGAAAAUGGCCGCUGCACCAUUCUUUAACCAUGUAUCCUUAUUUCGGGAGAAGUUUUUAUGUGUGCACAGUUUGCCAGUAACUUCUUUUGUGAAGUUUUCGAGGGUUUCCCUGUUUCCUUUCAUUAAAUGUGUACCUCAAGUUUAUCACCUGGUUUCCCUGUAUCGGUUCCCUCUGACAUAAAACCACAUCGUACUUCUAUGUGAUUCUGUGCGCAUGUUCUUACUAGCGAGCAUUUCUACUACUAAAUCAAAUAUGAGAGGAGAGCUUAGCUUCUGCCCUUCAGUGAUGCUCGUUUGCUUCUGAAGCUUGUAUUUUAGUACAUUAACCAUUAGUUUUUAUCCCCUUUUCAGUUGCAAUAAUGUGUUUGUUUCAUCGACUAA